AUGGCGUCCCGCAGACUAGCUUUGAACCUGUCGCAGGGCCUGCGAAGCCGUGCUGGUCUGUCGGCCGCCGGUGCCUUCCGACGAGGCUUCGCGACUCCCUCUACCGUCGGCAAGACUCAGACCACGACGCUGAAGAACGGACUGACCGUCGCCACUGAGCACUCGCCAUGGGCGCAAACGUCGACGGUCGGCAUGUGGAUCGAUGCCGGCUCGCGCGCCGAGACGAACGAGACCAACGGCACCGCGCACUUCCUCGAGCACCUGGCUUUCAAGGGCACUGCCAAGCGAUCGCAGCAGCAAUUGGAGCUGGAGAUUGAGAACAUGGGCGGCCACCUCAACGCCUACACCUCGCGCGAGAACACCGUCUACUUCGCCAAGGCCUUCAACUCCGACGUUCCCCAGUGCGUCGAUAUCCUCUCCGACAUUCUCCAGAACUCCAAGCUCGAGGAGUCUGCCAUCGAGCGCGAGCGCGACGUCAUCCUCCGCGAGUCCGAGGAGGUUGAGAAGCAGGUCGAGGAGGUUGUCUUCGACCACCUGCACGCCACUGCCUUCCAGCACCAGCCCCUGGGCCGCACCAUCCUGGGCCCGCGCCAGAACAUCCGCGACAUCACCCGCACCGAGCUGGUCAACUACAUCAAGAGCAACUACACUGCCGACCGCAUGGUUCUCGUCGGCGCUGGUGGCAUCCCCCACGAGAAGCUCGUCGAGCUGGCCGAGAAGCACUUCUCCGGUCUCCCCAGCAAGGGCCCCGAGAACCACGCCUACCUCCUGUCCAAGCAGAAGGCCGACUUCAUUGGUUCCGAUGUCCGUGUCCGCGACGACACCAUGGGCACCGCCAACGUUGCCAUUGCCGUCGAGGGCGUCAGCUGGAACUCGGAGGACUACUUCACGGCCCUGGUCACGCAGGCUAUCGUCGGCAACUACGACAAGGCCAUGGGCAACGCUCCCCACCAGGGCAGCAAGCUCAGCGGCUUCGUCCACAAGCACGAGCUCGCCAACAGCUUCAUGAGCUUCUCCACCAGCUACAGCGACACUGGUCUGUGGGGUAUCUACCUCGUCACCGACAACACCACCCGCUUGGAUGACCUCGUCCACUUCACCAUCCGUGAGUGGAUGCGUCUGUGCACCAACGUCAGCGAGGCCGAGGUCGAGCGCGCCAAGGCUCAGCUCAAGGCCUCCAUCCUGCUGUCUCUCGACGGCACCACCGCCGUCGCCGAGGACGUCGGCCGCCAGCUCAUCACCACCGGCCGCCGCAUGAUGCCCGGCGAGAUCGAGCGCCGGAUCGACGCCAUCACCGAGAAGGAGGUCAUGGACUUCGCCAACCGCAAGCUCUGGGACAAGGACAUUGCCAUCAGCGCCGUGGGCAAGAUUGAGAACCUCUUCGACUACCAGAGACUGAGGAACACCAUGAAGCCCAAGUUUUAA